UCACCCAGCAGGGUCCAAUUGACAGGUAGCGUUUCCUCGUACAGCUGUGGAGCAGCGGCAGCAGUUGGGCUGAUCAUGUGACCCGAAAGGAAUGCAGCUGAUGUGCAGUACAAGUGUGUGGUGGGGGGAGAGAGAGAAGCAGAAUUUCCAAACCUCCUUGCCCUGUUGCUGCAAAUCCCACUGACGCUCAGCAUCAAAGCGCUGAGUGACUGACGUCUCGGCCAACUGCAGGAGAGCCCGCCUCCACGUCGUCCAAUCAGCUGAUUUUUGCUAUCCCGGGAGGCUCUGUUCAUCCCUGUUUUCAAAAAAAUAGCUUGAGAAUGAGAAAAAAGCAGCUCGGGCAAUUGUGCCAGGAGAGCUGAAGCGAAGGGCAGAGCGAGGACGGCGGUGCUGUGAAAGCAAGAGGCGCUAUGUGCUGUUGAGCAUGGGUGCCACAGCCGAUCAGCAGAACAAUGGGAAGGUAUCUAGAUAGUAGCUCCAGAUUCCAUUUUCCCCUGAAGUGUUAAAGUAAGUGAUUAGGAUGGACAUUUCUGACAAUGUAGAUACUGAGGACUUUCCACCCCCACCACCUGAAGUUUAUGUUGACGAGCUGACACUUAAUGGCCCUGCUUAUGAAAAAGAUGAUGAUGAAGAUGCAGGAGAAAAAUUUGAUUUUGAUAGUGGGGAUGAAAUUCCAGAAGCAGAUCGACAGCCAUUGGAAGUUCCUGGUGAUACUCUCAUCGACCAGGGAUUUCAAUUUCCAGACCCUCCAGUGCUGCCCAAUGAAAUUACAAAACAGGAAUUGCCAACAGAAACUAGUACGAAGAUGGCAACAAAGAAGGUGAACCCAUAUUCUAUUAUUGACAUAGCGCCAUUUCAAGAGGUUGAUUCAGCUACUUCAGAAGAUCUUGUAUCUACUGACGAAAGCACCAGUCCACGAGUGCCAAGUGGAUAUUCUGUUCCUGUGCCAUGUGGAUAUGCAGUCCCUUCCAACUUACCCUUGUUGCAGCCAGCAUACUCCACACCAGUUAUAAUUCGCAACAUAUCUAUUGAUGAGCAAGGAGUGCAAGAGGUUGUUCCAAAUCCACAUUUUCAUUUCACUAGUGAAGAUGAUCACCUUUCCAGGCCUAUAGGCAGAGACGGAGAACUCUCGAGUGAAGAUUUCCAGUCGACCAGAGAGGAAGAUGUGUUGGCAAAGUGGGUUGCAAAUCCUGCAAAUACAGAAUGGAUGGAGAAUCCUGAUGAAGUCAUUUAUGAUGAUGUACCAAGGGAGAACUCAGACUCAGCAACAGACCCUGAAGAAAUGAUAUACGAUGAUGUGGAAAAUGGUGAAGAUGGUGGAAACAGCUCAUUGGACUAUGGCUGGAGCUCUAGUGAAUUUGAAAGCUAUGAAGAACACAGUGACUCGGAGUCAAAACAUGGGGUACCAAACUCAUUUUUGAGAGGAAACAACAAAAGGCAUCUUUCUCAGGAUCUUACACGUUUAAAGCAGCAUUAUGAGAAGAAGAUGAAAGAUCUGGUGGCAAAUAGAGUGGGAGCAGUAGAGAUCCAACAUUUUAAGCACAAACAUGAACUUAAGAUGCAAAGGCUGGUAAAGGCUGCUAAAGAGGGGACAAAAGAUGGACUUGAAAAAACCAAGGCUGCUGUGAAGAAAGGUCGUUCCUACAUAAGGACCAAAUCAUUUGUCUUGCAUGAUCGCAAAUCCACCAGUCUUGAAGAUGACGAGUUGAAUUUAUUUAUUGAUGUGGACUGCAUGCACAUAGAGGCGAUCAUGUCUCCAAUGCCAGAAGGACUAUCACAACAGCAGGUUGUCAGACGCUACAUUCUAGGAUCAAUUGUGGAAAGUGAGAAGAACUAUGUAGACUCAUUAAAAAGAAUUCUCGAGCAAUAUGAGAAGCCAUUGUGGGAGACAGAGCCAAGGUUAUUAAGUGAAAGAAAGCUGAAAAUAGUCUUCUAUCGCAUAAAGGAAAUUCUCCAGUGUCACUCACUGUUCCAGAUUGCUCUCGCCAGCCGAGUGGCAGAGUGGGAUACUGCCGAAAUGAUUGGGGAUGUGUUUGUAGCUUCAUUUUCAAAAUCCAUGGUCCUGGAUGCAUACAGUGAGUAUGUGAAUAAUUUCAGUACAGCCGUCGGAGUUCUCAGGAAAGCCUGUGCCACAAAACCAUCUUUUUUGGAGUUUUUAAAACAGUGCCAAGAAUCCAGUCCUGACCGAAUAACUCUCUAUGGUCUGAUGAUGAAACCUAUUCAGCGCUUCCCACAGUUUAUACUUCUGCUUCAGGACAUGCUAAAAAAUACAAACAAGGGGCACCCAGACCGGCUCCCUCUACAGAUGGCUCUAACAGAGCUGGAAACCUUAGCGGACAAACUGAACGAAAGGAAACGAGAUGCAGAUCAGCGCUGUGAAAUUAAGCAGAUUGCAAAGGCAAUGAAUGAAAGAUAUCUGAAUAAGCUCCUAAGUAAUGGUAGCAGAUACCUUGUUCGAUCAGAUGAUAUGGUUGAAACCGUUUUCAAUGAAAGAGGGGAGAUAAUUAAAACAAAGCAGCGCCGGCUUUUCAUGUUAAAUGAUGUUUUGAUGUGUGCCACGGCAAAUGCUAGGUCUUCUGUGGAAGGCAGUAGCGCAGUAACCACAAACCAAAAGUACCUACUAAAAUGGAGUGUACCACUAAGCCAUGCAGAGGUAAUUGAAUAUGGAGAAAGUGAGGACCAAGGAGACCAAACUCUGUAUUCUUCUUUGCAUGUUGCUGAAAAGGUUGUUGUUAGCAGUAAACCAAAUAAACUGUACAUGGGGCCAGGGCAGCUGUAUAAUGACUUGCAGAACCUACUUCAUGAUUUGGAUGUAGUCAACCAGAUAUCUCAGCUUGUUGGACAGCUGAAGGGAAACUAUCAGAACCUCAACCAUGCAGUUGCCCAAGACUGGUCUGUAGGGUUACAAAAGUUGAUCUUGAAGAAAGAAAAUGAAAUCCGAGCUGCAGACCGCUGCAGAAUUCAGCUCCAACUCCCUGGCAAACAGGACAAGUCUGGACGCCCCACUUACUUUACUGCAGUAUUUAACACAUUCUCUCCUGCUGCCAAACAGUCAUGGCUCAGUAACUUACAGAUGGCUAAGCUUGCUCUUGGAGAGGAGAACAACACAGGAUGGUUCUGUCUAGAAGAUGAAGGCCAUCAAGUUAAAAAGGAGAAGCAUCCCUUGCUUGUUAAACACUUACCUGUUGUCAUGUCAAAGCAGCAAGAAUUUAAGAUUGAAUGUGCAGUCUAUAAUCCUGAACCAUAUCUCAGUAGUGAAAAUGAUCCAGAUACACUUUCCAUGCAUCAUGGCUUUCUAUGGAUUGGCAGCUGCACUAAUCAGAUGGGGCAGAUUUCAGUUCUUUCCCUCCAUAAUCGUAGCCCUAAGGUGUUGGAGUGUUUCAAUGUCGAAUCACGCAUACUCUGCAUGGUCUAUAUCCCAGAGGAAGCAAAACAGAAACAACUAAGCGAUGCCCCAGAUUUGGAAAAUGGGUCUUCCCGAGUACCAGAUGUGCCCACUAUUUGUCUGGGCAUGGAAGAAGGAAGCAUAUGUGUCUACAAAAGUAGUCAAGGAUCUAAAAAAGUACGGUUGCAGCACUUUUUCACACCAGAAAAAUCAACUGUUAUGAGCCUUGCUAGCAUCUCUCAGUGCUUGUAUGCAGGUCUUGUAAAUGGAAAUCUCGCCACCUACACAAAAGCUGAAGAUGGAAACUGGAACACAGACCAACCAAAGCUAAUCAAAUUAGGAGUUUUGCCGGUUCGAAGUCUGCUGAUAAUGGAGAGAACAAUCUGGGCAGCUUCUGGAGAGCAGAUAUUUAUUAUUGGCCAGGAUUCUAAUGCCAUUGAGCACCAGUUUGAGGCCCAUAGUGAAGAAGGCAUGGUGAUUUCUCACAUGGCAGUAGCGGGUGUUGGAAUUUGGAUUGCAUUCACUACUGGAUCAACUCUGCGGCUCUUUCACACCGAGACAUUUGAACAUUUGCAAGAUAUAAAUAUAGCAACUCCAAUACACAACAUGUUACCAGGACAGCAUCGGGUGUCUGUAACUAGUUUGCUGGUUUGUCACGGUUUGCUAAUGGUUGGCACAAAUCUGGGAGUUAUAGUUUCAUUGCCAGUUCCUCGUUUACAAGGAAUCCCAAAAGUGACCGGAAGAGGCAUGGUCUCGUAUCACGCUCAUCACAGUCCAGUUAAAUUCCUGGUCAAGGCAACUGCCAUUAAUAAGAAAUACAGACGCACACCAAGCAGAUGUAGCCAGAUUUCUCACUCGGAGUUAAAGAAUGAAGACUCACACUGUACUGGUGUUCAGCAAAACGAUGAAGCCGCUGCAUCAGCUACAAACAAUAACAAUGACAGUGCUGUGUGGCUUGGAGGGUCUAUGGGGUCCAUUGCCCAGAAAAGUGACUUAUCCUCUUCAUCGGGGUCCCUAACACUGUCUCAUGGAUCCAACUCCUGUGACGCAGGAAAGGAAGACUGCACUCUGUCCGAUCUUUUGGGUGAUCCAAGCAUGCCACUGCCAAAUAGCAAACAACAAAAAGCCAAAAGACUCAAAGCAGACUCUGUCCUAGUGAUCUCUGGUGGCCAGGGCCACAGAAAGUUAAACAAAAAGGUCAAACCACAGCGACAAGAAGAGCUGGUAUCUUCUGCAAUGGUUUGGCAGAUCCCACUUAACAUGUAACAUAACAGCAAGUAAUAAAAAUGGCGGCCUUACUGAAUAUUCUCCCCAAUUUAUUGACAUUGAAAUGGAAUCAGUCACAGUCUGUUCAUGUAACAAACUUUGUUAUCUCCUAACAUAAAAAGAUAUCUGUUUGCCUAAUAAUAAUAAUAAUAACGCAUUGAAAAGUUUUGAAGAGCCCAGAGAACUUUCUGCGUGGAUCUUCUUUUAGUGACGUCACUGUGUCCUGUGACCCAUGCACUUCCCUUUUGUGAAACGCCAUGGAGUAGGACUAAUCUGUAGCAUAGCAUCUGUCUAAACCGAUACGCAUAGUACUGGCUGCUUUCCUGCCUGGAUUGGCUUCAAAUGUUUAGUGGCUCCAUGUCCAGAGCGUUCUGCUCGUAAAUAGGAAUUCAUCUGUACACAAAUGGCCAGAGUGAAACCAUUUGCAACGGUACAACAGUAAUGUGCUCUGACUUUCAGCGAGGCCUCCACAUAAGCCCUAAUAUCCAUCUCCUGUGCAACAAAAACAUCAGGAACAAACCAAUUCCUUUCUUUCUUGUACAACAUCGUAAGGAUUUACCUAUGCUAAUCUCCAGUAUCCAUACCCCUUAUCUGUAAACAUGGCGGCAUGCAUUUAACUUCACUGCAGUAUUUGCUGAAAUGGAAAUUUAUGGAAACUUUUACAGUGGCUCAGUAUAAAUAUUACCAAAUGAGAAUUUUUUAUAUCAUAUUAUUACAAAAGAAAAGGUACAAGAAUAAAGCAUGGUUGCUUAUAUAUUCCUCUA